GUUCAAACUUCAAUCGCAGUCAUACACAUCGAAGACUCGAAGUGAAUAUGGCACCUUCAGUACUCGAGCCCGUCAUCUCGGCGACGCCCCCACACGAUCUACAGAACAGCUCCAAGGCGAGCGCACCAUCAAACAGCACAGCGAAGGCCGACCCCUCCCACGAAGAAUUCCAGUACCUGAACUUAAUACGCGACAUUCUCGACAAUGGCGAGCAUCGUCCGGACCGCACAGGGACGGGGACAUACGCCGUCUGUUUCCCUGCACAGAUGAAAUUCACCCUAUCAAAACCCUCCUCCGACCCCUCCGCACCACCGGAGCUCAUCCUGCCCCUCCUCACGACCAAACGUGUGUUCCUGCGCGCCGUUAUCGGCGAAUUGCUUUGGUUCGUUGCUGGAUCAACCCAUUACAAGUCUCUUCAAGAAGCUGGCAUCAAGAUUUGGGAUGGCAAUGGCUCGCGCGCCUACCUCGACAGCGUCGGGUUGUCGCAUCACGAAGAGGGAGAUCUGGGGCCGGUCUAUGGCUUUCAGUGGCGGCACUUCGGCGCAGAGUACAAGGGACAUGACGCAGACUACACAGGGCAAGGUGUGGACCAGCUGGCAGAAGUCAUCGACAAGCUGAAGAACCGCCCUUACGACCGGAGGAUCAUCCUGAGCGCAUGGAACCCUGCAGAUCUCAAGAAGAUGGCUCUCCCACCUUGCCACAUGUUCGCACAGUUCUACGUCUCGUUCCCAAGGCAAAAAGAGGGCGCGACAGAGAAGCCGCGGGGCGUGCUGCACUCGCUGCUGUACCAGCGCUCGUGCGAUAUGGGUCUCGGUGUGCCGUUCAAUAUUGCAUCGUACGCGCUGCUGACCCACAUGCUGGCACACGUUUGCGAUUUGACUCCGGGUACUUUCACACAUACCAUGGGCGACGCACAUGUAUACUGCGACCACGUUGAUGCAGUCAAGGUGCAGCUGGAAAGGGAACCGCGCGAGUUCCCGACAUUGAAGAUUAACAGAGAAGUGGGUGGCAGCAUCGAUGGGUGGAAGGCUGAGGAGCUGGAGGUUCUUGGCUACAAGCCACAUGGAGCUAUUGCGAUGAAAAUGAGUGUGUAGUGUACACACUCUAUGUAAUACGGCGCUUGUUAUGUAUAUAUGAUUGUACGAAUUGAUACGUUGAUACCAGGCGCGCCUGCCACGACUCGCAGCAAGACACAGCA